AUGGAGUCUGGAGGUUCGCUGAAGGCGUACAAUGCGAAGUACUGGGAAACUUACAAUGAGAUCCUUGACUGCCCUACCAAUCUGGCGAUUACUCAAUACAAGCGUGGUCUCCCAGUCGGACAUAGGCUACGAGAUUCGCUUACAAUGCACCAGCCCACAACCAUGGAGUCCUUAAUGCAACAGAUCAAUGAACACAUCCUUGUGGAGGAUGAUGCUGCUUCAGCAGCUGAUAAGGCUAAUCCGGUCGCGGCGGACAGAAGAAUGGCGGGGAAGGUUCACUUGGUGGGGCAGGAGGACAACCGCCCAAACAACCGGUCAAAAGAUCAACGUCGUGGCUCAAACCGCGAUGAUAGAAGCAAAGGUCGCAGAAACGACCGAGCUAACGCUCCUCGCGAUGAAGAGGAAAAUGCCAAGAGAAAAUUAAAAGGGCACUGGACGGAGGACUGCUUGCCGCUCAAACAACAUUUGGAGGGGCUGGUGGCGGCGGGACAUCUGGACCAAUACAUAAAUGAGGGUAUGAAAGCCACUCCACUGGGACAAACCGAGCCAAACGGCCUAGCCGCCCUGGACGCAGCGCCACAAGGCGUAAUCAAUGUCGUUCAUGGCAUCAUUGAACUGGCACGGGUCUGCGAGCUGAGAGAGAUGAUCAAGAAAGCCGAGCACAUAAGGGAGGUGCUCUCCGUUCAACCCGCUGUGAAGAAAGGAAAGACUGAAGAAAAAGAUAUCCUUACCUUUUCAAGUAAGGACUUAGAGAGAAUUCAAGUGCCCUACAAUGACGCCCUAGUAGUGACUCUUCGCGUCAAAGACUUCGACAUCAAAAGAAUUUUGAUUGACCAGGGGAGUUCAGUUGAAAUCAUGUAUUAUGACACGUUCAAACAAAUGAAGUUGGAAGACAAGGACUUAGCCCAUGCAACGUCUCCUUUGGUUGGCUUCAACUCUCAACCAAAAUGGCCAAUAGGAAAGACCAUAUUACCGGUCAAAGCGGGUUCAGUCAUGAAGCAAGUAGAGUUCUGGGUGCUUAAGGUCUCAUCCACCUACAACUUAAUCUUGGGCAGGGGCUGGUUGCAUGCCAUGCAAGUAGUAGCGUCGACCUACCAUCAGGUUAUGCGCUUCCUGGCACCAACCGGGCAGGUAAAAGAGGUUUGGGGAGACCAGGUAAUGGCAAAACAGUGCUUUGUUAUGGUGAACGGCAGCUGA